UUUGGUCCCAGUAGAUAAUACAUACAGGAGAGACUGCAAACAAAUGCUAAUGGAACAGAAAAAGAAUGGGGAAAGGGAUGGGUUAUUGCUACAUUCAGGAAAUGCAGUGUACUGAGUAUUAAUAUUGCAGUUGCGACAGUGAUCACAAGAGGUUGAGUAAAACUCAAGUUGAGAGCAGAUCCAGGAUGGCAUCUCACAGAAGCUACCAGAGCAAAGGAUAUCUGCAGAGACUGAGAAAGUUACCCCAACUGCUGGCGUUAGUUGUGUUCAGCUACGAAAUCCUGCUUCUGCAAGGAACUCAUGGCUGGACAUAUCAUUACUCCAAUAAACCAGUGAGGUGGGCAAAAGCCAGGUCCUAUUGUCAAUCCCACCACACUGACAUUGUGGCAAUCCAGAACCCAGAGGAGAACGCGUAUCUGAAAAAUACUCUGCCAGGACAAGGCGAACACUACUGGAUUGGAUUGAAGAAGAUCAAUGACAAGUGGACCUGGAUUGCCACUCAUCGGCCCGUGGAAAAUUUCACCUUGAAUUGGGCGCCUGGUGAACCCAAUGACAAAAGAUUGACCGAACAUUGUGUGGAAAUGCAGUCCAUCCGAUCUGAAUUUGCUGGGAAAUGGAACGACGAAUCCUGUAAGAAAAGGAAAAGGCCAUUGUGUUUCGAAGCUUCGUGCAAUGCUACCUCCUGUAGUGGUCAUGGAGAAUGUGUGGAGACUAUUAACAAUUUUAAAUGCAGCUGCAGUGAAGGAUUUUACGGAUCCUACUGUGAACAUGUCGUGAAAUGCGAAAGACUGGCAAAUCCUGACAGAGGAGUUGUCAAUUGCUCCAAACCCUACGGAGAAUUCAGCUACAAUUCCACGUGUGACUUUGGCUGUGUGGAAGGGUACGAAAUGACAGGAACUAGCAAACUCCAGUGCACAUCUACUAUGGCGUGGACUGCACCCGCUCCAGAAUGCACAGUCGUGAACUGUUUCACGUUAGAGAUUUCCAACCUGGACUUCAUGAACUGCUCUCACCCACUUGAUCGCUUCAGUUACAACUCAACCUGUACUUUUAGCUGCAGAGAAGGUUAUGUGAUACAUGGAUCAGACAGACUCCAGUGUUUAUCCUCUGGAAAAUGGACGGCACAUAAUCCCUUCUGUGAAGUCCAAGUAUGUGAAGCUCUGGCAGUACCUGACCACAGCACCAUGCGCUGCUUCCAUCCAAUAGAAGAUUUCAGUUACAACUCUACCUGUGCCUUCAGCUGUCAAGAAGGGUUUGUUUUAAAGGGACUGGACACACUUCAUUGUAGAGUUUCUGGGGAGUGGACGGCCCCUGCUCCGACAUGUGAAGCUGUGAAGUGUGACGAGUUGAAGAUUUCUCACAGUCUCCUCAUGGACUGUCAACAUCCCUUCAGGCCUUUCAGUUACAACUCAACAUGUGCCUUUAACUGCAAAGAUGGAUUCAUCUUACAUGGUUCAGAUAGACUGGAGUGCAAAGCAUCUAGUAACUGGACAGCAGAGAUACCUAGCUGCAAAGCCGUACAGUGUCCUUUGCUGAAGAGUCCCGAGUCGGGGAUCAUUAACUGCAGUCAUGCCUUUGGAGACUUCAGCUACAGCUCAACGUGUGACUUCAGCUGCUCCAAAGGGUUUGUACUGAAUGGAUCAGAUAGACUCCAAUGUCAAGCUUCAAGACUUUGGACACAGGAGACUCCCAGUUGUGAAGCUGUGACGUGCACAACACCAGGAAAACUAAAACAUGGGUUCAAAAACUGCUCCCAUCCGAUUGGACCCUACAGUUAUAACUCCACCUGUGACUUUGACUGUGUAGAAGGCUACAUGUUGAAUGGGUCAAACAGGCUUCGGUGUGGAGCAUUUGGGCAAUGGACUGCAUUGGAACCCUCCUGUGAAGCUGUUAACUGCGAGAAGCUGAUGGUACCUGACCGAGGGGUGAUGAACUGUACCCACCCCAUCACUACCUUCAGUUACAGCUCAAAGUGUGAUUUUAGCUGCUCUGAAGGGUUUUCUCUGCAAGGAUCAGAUACUCUCCAGUGCCUGUCUUCUGGACAAUGGACAGCCCAGAACCCCACCUGUAAAGCUGUAAACUGUCAGACACUGGUGCAGCCUGAACGAGGAGCUGUGAACUGUUCCCAUCCCAUUAGAGAUUUUAGUUACACCUCAACGUGUGACUUCACCUGCGCUGAAGGGUUUUCUCUGCAAGGAUCAGAUACUCUCCAGUGCCUGUCUUCUGGACAAUGGACAGCCCAGUCCCCCACUUGUAAAGCUGUAAACUGUCAGACACUGGUGCAGCCUGAACGAGGAGCUGUGAACUGUUCCCAUCCCAUUAGAGAUUUUAGUUACACCUCAACAUGUGACUUCACCUGCGUUGAAGGGUUUGUACUGCACGGAUCAGGCAGGCUGCAAUGUGGAGCUUCUGGAUAUUGGACAGCAGAGAUUCCCACCUGCAAAGCUGUUAACUGCGAGAAGCUGAUGGUACCUGACCGAGGGGUGAUGAACUGUACCCACCCCAUCACUACUUUCAGUUACAGCUCAAAGUGUGAUUUUAGCUGCUCUGAAGGGUUUUCUCUGCAAGGAUCAGAUACUCUCCAGUGCCUGUCUUCUGGACAAUGGACAGCCCAGAACCCCACCUGUAAAGCUGUAAACUGUCAGACACUGGUGCAGCCUGAACGAGGAGCUGUGAACUGUUCCCAUCCCAUUAGAGAUUUUAGUUACACCUCAACAUGUGACUUCACCUGCGUUGAAGGGUUUGUACUGCACGGAUCAGGCAGGCUGCAAUGUGGAGCUUCUGGAUAUUGGACAGCAGAGAUUCCCACCUGCAAAGCUGUUAACUGCGAGAAGCUGAUGAUACCUGACCGAGGGGUGAUGAACUGUACCCACCCCAUCACUACCUUCAGUUACAGCUCAAAGUGUGAUUUUAGCUGCUCUGAAGGGUUUUCUCUGCAAGGAUCAGAUACUCUCCAGUGCCUGUCUUCUGGACAAUGGACAGCCCAGAACCCCACCUGUAAAGUGGUAAACUGCCAGAUAUUGUCACCGCCUGAACGAUCAGUGAUGAGCUGCUUCCACCCCAUAGCGAACUUUGGUUACACCUCAACGUGCAACCUCAGCUGUGCCGUGGGGUUUGUGCUGUACGGAGCAGACAGGCUGAAGUGCGGAGCUGCUGGAGAAUGGACAGCACAGACUCCCACCUGCAAAGCUGUGACCUGCCAGACCCUGGUGCAGCCUGAUCGAGGGGACAUGAUCUGCUCACAUCCCAUCAAAGACUUCAGUUAUAACUCGAUGUGUGACUUUAGCUGCGGUGAAGGCUUUGGUUUGCUGGGAUCGGAUAGACUUCGAUGUGGAGCUGACGGGCAAUGGACAGCGUCAGUCCCCACCUGUAAAGCUGUACUCUGUAAGGUGCUGACACAGCCUCGACAAGGGACCAUCAACUGUUCCCACCCCAUUGAUUACUUCAGCUACAAUUCGACAUGCGAUAUCAGCUGUGAUGAAGGGUUUGUACUGGAUGGAUUGGGCCGGCUUCAGUGCCAAGUGCCUGGAAAGUGGACAGUGGAGACCCCUACUUGUGAAGCCAUGAAGUGCGAGGUCCUGAUCACCCAUCCCCCAAUGAUCAUGAACUGUACACAUUCUGCUGCAAACUUUAGCUAUGGCUCGGCGUGUAACUUCAGCUGUGCUCAAGGAUAUCUACUGAAGGGAUCUGCCAGGCUCCAAUGCAAUGAAUCUGGACAAUGGACGGAUCCACUUCCAACUUGUAACGAUGAUGCAGGGUCCUAUCUGGCAAACGUGAUGACAUACACGGCUGCAGUUAUGGCGGCUAUCCUCGCUGCUCUUUUCACCGUUAUGACUGCGGUCUCGAUUAGACGGCACCUGAAAAAAAAAGAUAAAUACAUUAUCAAGCAGGACAGUGACGACCUUAGCACAUUAGAGAUGAUGGAAAAUCCAGCGUUCAAUAUAGAAUGAGGAGGAAAAAUUAACAUCAAAGGCCGUGCAAGUGAAAACAAAUUGAACGUCUAGCAGAAUACUUCAAUGUGCCUCACCCUGCUUCAAGCAUGCACUUUAUAACUAUACCCUAUAGCCUGUUAACCUGAGAAUGGGGAAGAGCCUUGGUUUGGAUAUUUGGAGUCAUAUUCUUGACUCCAAACGUUCCAGGUGUGCAGUUGACCAAUUCACACUUGGACCCCUAUUCCAGAUGGCUUUUCACCCAUCCAUUGUCAGGAUUUAAAUUUUCCCACUUCUUUAAAAAAAAAUCACUGAGAUCUAUGAUUUUCCACCUUGGACCACAUUCUAUGCAACACAGAAGGAGGCCUUUUUAUACAUUGUGCCUGUGCUGGGGCUAAUUUUCAUUCUGGUAUUGCAGCUAUCUAUAUCAUUGCCAGCAAAUUUGUACCAGUAACAUCCUACAAAUAGCAAUGAAACAAAUGAUUAUUUCAUAUGUUUUGGUGGGUUUGGGCUAGGGAUAAAUAUUGGCCAGAACAAUGAGACAAUUCACUACCCUUCUUUGAAUUAGCACUACAGAAUCUUUAAUUUCUAGCCAAACAAUAAGAAUAAUCUGUUAUUGAAUGUUUUGUUUGAAGAACGGCAUGCGAUUAUGAUCUCAAGUCUUGAUGUGGGGUUCAAAUCUACAACAAUCUGGCCCUAUGGGGAGAGUGUUAACAACUGAUCAAAAUUGACUGAUCAGUCAUCACAUUGAAUGGCAUUGUUUUAAAGCAGUGGUGAGGACACAGGCUCAAUCACUCUCAAUCAAACUGAAUAUUUUCAACACUCUGCAUCAAGAAGUGCUCAAAUGUGAAUCAGCUGUGAACUCCUGAUAAAUAAUAAUCAUUACAUUUGAUAUAGCACCUUUCAAGUCAGAAGAAAGCUUCACAGAAUAUACUGUCAUGUCUAAUGACUGUGCAUUCUGUAGGCAAACUUGGCAGCUAUUUUUUAAGCACCAACAUUACCAUGAAGAGUGCAACCAAUUUUAAUUAGGGGAUGGCUGGCCAGAACCCUGGGAGAAAUUCCCUUUUCUUUUUGAAUAGUGCUGUGGGAUCUUCAAAAUCCACCUAAACAGACAUAUGAAACCUUGGCUUAACAUCUUAUCCAAAGGAUGGCACAUCCGUCAUUGCAGCGGUGUACCCCCAGCCCCAGCCUAGACUAUAUGCGUUCAAGAUCCCACUGUGGAGCUUGAACUCACAACCUUCUGAUGCCCAGACGAGGAUGCUACCAACAGAGCCUGCCUCGCACUGAGAAGUGGCAAAGAGUGGCUCAGACAUUUAGCCACAGAUCCAAGCCUUCUGUUGCUUCCCUCCCCUCAUCUUGACCAUUUCCCCCCUGCUCGGGUCCUGACCCAAUUGUCCAG